GAACGAAUCAAACUUUUCACAAACUUUCUUCACAUUUUUUUAUCCUAUAUAAGUACAUAUGUCUGUAUAAGUGUAUAUCCAUGGAUAUUCAUAUACUUCACUAUGUCAUCCUUUUAAUUACUUUUUGCCCUUUCAUUAUUUCGUACUGAACAAUACUGUUUUUGGUUUCUUUUUUUGUUUUUUUAUAACUUCAUCUUUGUCUCACUUUUCCCAUUAAUUUUCAUCCAAAGAGGUUUCUUGGUGACACCAUAAGCGGUUUCCCGGCGAACCCAGAUGGAAAAAGAGCCUCUUUUGUCUUAUUUAAGUCAGGGAAGGAAACCGAUUCCUUCACCUCCUCUUCUUACUCUUCCUGAAGAUGGAGAAAUCUCUGUUCCAAUGCCUUUAACCCCAUCUGAAUUUAAAGAUAUUCUCAUUUUUGGACCUUCUUCUCCUAAGACACCAUCUUCCCCCACUGUGGAUGCCUUAACUCUCUCUUUUUCAUCACCCAGGGGAUCCACUUCUCAUUCAAUGGUAAGUCCUUUUGAAUCGCCCAAAAAACAAACAGUUGUAGAGUCUUCACAUUCUUGGUUGCAUGAACCCUUCACUAGAAGAACAAAGAGUAAUCUUCAUAGGUCGAAGACUGCCCCUGCUAUGGCUGUCAUCAAUGAAUUACAGCAGCAUCCUGUGGCUAAGCCUCAGUUUAGUUCUCAAUCUAUUGUUAGACAGGCUUUUGUGCUUUUGGUGUUAUAUUUGUCAUUAGGUGUGAUUAUUUAUUGGUUUAAUAGGGAUGAUUUUUCUGCUAAUGAGACUCACCCCGUUGUUGAUGCUUUGUAUUUUUGUAUUGUGACAAUGUGCACAAUUGGGUAUGGAGAUAUUACCCCUAAUAGUGUGACAACUAAGUUGUUUUCUAUAUUCUUUGUGUUGGUUGGAUUUGGUUUUGUUGAUAUUUUGCUUUCUGGGAUGGUUACUUAUGUGCUUGAUUUGCAAGAGAGUAAUUUGUUGAAAACUAUUAAGGGUGGUGAUGAUAAGGAGGCUCAUGGUUCAUAUAUUGUUGAUGUGAAGAAAGGGAGGAUGAGGAUAAGAAUGAAGGUGGCAUUGGCAUUAGGUGUUGUGGUUCUUUGUAUUGGGGUUGGUGUUGGUGUUAUGCAUUUUGUUGAGAAGCUAGGCUGGUUAGAUUCAAUUUAUCUGUCGGUUAUGUCGGUUACCACAGUAGGCUACGGUGACAGGGCUUUCCGGUCAUUGGCGGGUCGAAUUUUUGCUUCCAUUUGGUUGCUUGUAUCAACACUUGCAGUUGCUCGGGCCUUUUUGUAUUUGGCUGAGGCGAGAGUAGAUAAGCGGCACAGGAGGAUGGCAAAGUGGGUGCUUGGUCACGACAUGACUGUGGCUGAGUUUCUUGCUGCGGAUAUUGACAACAAUGGUUUUGUGAGUAAAAACAGUUGUCUGGAUUUCAAAACAAAAAGCCAUGCGUUUUUCAGAAGGGAAUCACCUAAUGGACCAGUUAGGUGUGGAUGUAUGGCUUUAAGAAAUGGCAAGUAGUAAAGAGCUCAGUUUUGAUGUGAAGAAUAUUAUCUAAUGUUUAUGCAAGUUGUUUUUAGUAUUGUUGAACUUAUGUACACAGUCACAAAAGUUGUGUUGAAACUUUGUAUCUCAUAAAAUUUUAGUGGAGAGAAAAUCUAAUUCUACAUUUUCUAUGUUGCAAGUAUUUGUUUGAUCGUCAGUAAAUUGGCAUUGGCGUUCGUAUCUGUAACUUCUAGCAAUUCAAUUGUGACCAAAGAUAUACUUGUUCUCUUGUUGUUUAAUAUUUAUAUGAUAAAUACUGGCCCGUAUUUGCUUUACAUUCAGUAUAUUCGGCAUAGACAUUCCUAUUUUGUAACUUGGCUCACGUCUUUGCUAGAAUUUCAUGAUUUCAACAUACUUUCUUUCUGCUUUGUCCUUUAUCAUCAGAUUUAUAUAUUUUAUGGUUCAAUUAUAUUUAUAUGAUGCCCAUUUAUUUCACAAUGAAUCUAACACUAAGUUGCCAGUUUGAGUACUUGACACAAGGUAUUGUAUUUCUGUUGGUUUUUUAUGCAGCAAAUCAGAAUAUGUGAUAUACAAGCUCAAGGAGAUGGGAAAGAUAACAGAGAAGGAUAUUCAGCAAAUUUGUAAGACCUUUGACAGGCUAGACGCUGGUAAU